AGCAAUCCUGUAUAUUAGAAUAACCAAUCCAUCCUCCCAACUGGUAGAUCCAUCGAGCUUCGUGGCAGACUGUAAGCUAUGGCAGCCAGAACAAGCGCUAACUUCUCAUCAUGCUUUACCUUCCUGAAGGAAGCCCUAGUCCUCCCAACUCAGAACCCCAAGCUCUUCACACCUGUCUUCCUCCUGAUCGCGCUUCCUAGCUUCCUUGUCCUCUCUACCAAUGUCCUAUUCGUCCAGCCACUCUCCAUGGACAUGGCCGAACUUGCAAUCAAGCUCCAGACCACCGACCCUUCCAGCGCCGAGUACCGCAUGAUCCUGGAGGAGCUGAAACAUGACGUUACACAGCUCAUCCUCGUCGUCGUCGCCGUCGAGCUCGUCGCUUUGGUGCUUGGCUUCGUCAAUCAGUGCGUCGGCUUCUUCGCGGCCUCCUCCACCUACUCCGGCGACCGCUACUCGCUCCCGGAGCUCCUCCGCAAGGCGAUGAAGGGGAAUCUCAAGGGUCCUCUCAUAACCAUCGCCAUGGUCACCGUACUCCGGGUCACAUACAUGGCGCUCCUCGGUGUUCUAAUCUAUUCCGUCAUGCAAGUGCAACGGCACUACUUGAUCAAGGUGCUCUCCGUGCAAGUCCUCCUCUUCGUCCUCUGUUUCCUCGCCUUCCUCUACUUCAACGUCGUUGGCAUGGUGAGCGUCGCCGUGUCGGUGGGCGACACGGAGCGCCGCGGGAUCCGGGCGCUCCGGCAGGCGUGGCGGCUGAUGACGCGGGUGAGGAGGAAGGAGGGCCUCGUGCUGGUGGUGGCCAUCUGCCUCUUGUCGAUAGCUGUCAGCCCGGUGAACCUGGUCGCUGCUGCGUACACGAAGAACAUGGUACUGGGGCUAUGCCUCUUGGUCGUCUAUGCUCUGCUGUCUGGUGCAGAGCAGCUGUUCUACUUUGCAGCAGCCACGGUGUACUACUGCCAAGCAAUGGACAGCAAGGGAGAGGCCAUGGAUUAUGCAUACGCCAAGAUCCCUACCGGUGAAGCAAAUUGCUAAUUGAUCAAUAAUCAAAGGAUUCACCAUCGCAAACAUCCUGUCGUCCCAUGUUCAGUCGUUCCCUUUGGUGAUGUGACCAUGGCUACCACAGAUGCAACCAUUGCUCACAUCAUGGAUGAACAAGAUGACAUCAAGGUCAAGGCCUCCAAGUGCUGGAAUCCGAUUCGGCCACCUGAUGCAUUGCUGAUUUCAAACGGCCGCCAAAUCUCCAUACAAGCUCUGUUUUCGGCCCGUGAGUACUUGAUGGAAAGCUCUCGGAAUCCUCUUUCCAACGGAUCCAGCCUUAUUGCGAAAUUCCAUCUUGGGCCUUUGGGCUUGUAACUUCGUUUGGGACCCUAGCCCAAGUGGGGCCAUGUAGGGUGCGCCCCAAUCUGGUGGAGCACGACCCUAGGAUCCUCAUGGUCGUUGUCCCACCCCUAUAAGUAGCUAGAUACCCCUUCAGGGUUGCUUGGGUUUUGAUUAAUUGUAAGUUUAGCCAUUGCUACUUCGCUUGCAGCGCGCGUGUCGGCUAGACCGUCCGUCUGCUUGUUCGGAACCCCACUUUAUCAUGUAUCAAUUUAUCUUUGUGCGUCUUGUCUA